AUGCCAGAGUCGCGGAUCCCGAAAACUACCCGCGUCAUUAACGGAUCCCCCGCCGUCCCCUCCGAAUUUCCGUGGCGUUGCAGCUUACACAUCAAUGACAAAACCUCCUUCAUGUGCACCUGCACCGUCAUCUCUCCCAGCAUGGUCCUCACCGCGGCGCACUGCCUCAGCGGGAUUAGCACCUCGAGUCGUCUUCUCAUCAAAGUGGGUGCCAUCGACAAGGGGGCAACAACCGAGGGGGGCACAAGCGUCUGGAUGUCCACCAAGGGAUACGUCAAGUAUCCCUUGUACGACGGGAAGCAGAAGCACGACAUUGCUCUCGUCUACCUGGCCACGCGGCUCACAUUCUCGCCCUCCAUCCACCCCGCAUGUCUUCCAUUUUCAUUAAGAUCCAGAAAGUUGGAGGGCAGCGUGGGCACCAUUUCCGGCUGGGGACUAACUCAGUGGGGCGGAUCCGCUUCGGAAAAGUUGAUCAAGGCUGAUAUGCCCGUCCUGGCGGAGGACGUGUGCCGCAAGAUGUAUGGCAGUUACUGGCCGGAAAAUAAUCUUUGCGUUGGUGGGCAGGGGAGAUCGGCGUGUAAGGGGGACAGCGGUGGUGGUUUGGACAUUGUGGUCAAUGGCAGGUCGUACACAGUUGGGGUGGCACAAGGCGUUGCACCACAAUGUAUGACCAACGUGCCCAACAUCUACAUGAAGGUGGCUAAUUAUUUGGAUUGGAUUUCCGGAAUUUCGCGUCUUGUCCGAUGGAGAAGAACUCUGUCAACUUUGAGAUGUUGUGGAUAACAUUCAAAAUUGUAUGCCACCAAUACCGGGAAUAUUUAAAUGGAUGAAUAAUGUACUUCUAAAUAAUUUAUAAAUUCGUUAAUUUGUAAUUGAGCUAUUUAAAAAAUAAUAGAUGAAAUUAUUGCAAACAUAA